AUGCAUCUUAUUGUUCAAGAUGUUAAAUACAAAACAAAAAGAAAUGUUGCACUGUCUCCAGAAGUACAAGUGUUAAUAACUCUUCGUUAUUAUGCUACUGGAACAUUUCAAGCAGUUAUAGGUGAUCAUAUCAGAGUUAAUAAAUCUACUGUAUGUGGAACUAUUAAAAGAGUUUCAACUGCUAUUGCUCGUCUAUGCCCUCAGUUUAUAAACAUGCCUGAGACAGCACAGGAAAGAAGUAUUGUUCAAACAGGGUUUUAUAAAAUAAGAAAUUUCCCACGUGUUAUUGGUGCUAUAGACUGCACUCAUAUACGGAUACAGUCUCCUAAUAGUGAUAUUGGUGAACGAUUUCGUAACAGAAAAGGGUAUUUUUCUUUUAAAGUUCAGGUUAUAUGCAAUAGUAAUAUGAAAAUUAUGAAUAUUGUUUCUCGAUGGCCAGGAUCUGUUCAUGACAGUACAAUUUUUGAUAAUUCUUUAGUCAGAGCAAAGUUUGAAAAUCAUGAAUAUAGGAAUAAUGUUUUUUUGAUUGGGGAUGGUGGUUAUCCAUGUCGAAAUUAUUUAAUGACUCCACUCUUAAACACAAGUACACAAGCAGAAGAAAAUUAUCAAAGAGCACAUAUUAGUACAAGAAAUGUUGUUGAAAGGGUCUUUGGAGUAUGGAAAAGAAGAUUUCUUGCUCUAGCUGUUGGAAUACGCACCCAGCUUAGUACAUCUAUGAAGACUAUUGUAGCCACCACUGUACUAUAUAAUAUGUUAUUAGAACAACGGGAUGAAAUGCCACAUAAUGAAGAGCCAAUUAGACCAGAGUUUUUACAUGAAUUUAAUGCAAAUCCCAUAAGACAGACUAGAAAUUUAGUCAGAUCACAAUUGAUUAAUUCAGUUUUUUCUUAG